GUGCCCGUGAUGAUGUAGCCGGAGGCUGCGGCCACGUCACACUCGUGCGUCAUGAUCUGAGUUUCCAGCCGUCCAGUGAAGGAUCAGUAGCUGGAGAUCGCGAGCUCAUGGCGUGUUCUGCUUCUCUGGGAACUGCAGUGUAAUUACAAAAGUGCAAUGCAGCACCUAAAGCAUUGCCAAGGUCUUGCUUCGCUCUUCCUUAUCAGGAGUCAAAGUUCCAGGGUUUCAAAGAGCAUUAUCCCAUCAUUGUCUGUGUGGGAUGCGCACCUUUCUUCCCGCUGGAGGAGCACUGGUGGCCAUGGAAGGCAGACAUACUUCAGUGACAGGGUGCCGAAGUUUCGAUUUGCUCUGGCGGGGCUGCUGGCGGGUACCGGAGCUGUUUUAGCCUACAGGCUCCACCAAGGCAAGGUUGAGUGGGCAGCUUCCUCAGCACAGUUACCAGUAACGCAGACUUCAGCUCUCUCUGUGUACACCCUAGAAGAAGUCACAAAGCAUUGCUCCCUUGACAAUGGCGUGUGGGUCACCUAUAAAGGGGAAGUUUACGAUAUUACUGCAUUUGUAGCCAUGCACCCUGGUGGCGACAAAAUACUUCUGGCUGCAGGUGGAUCUCUGGAGCCUUACUGGGCGUUAUAUGCCGUUCACGAACAAGACCAUGUUCUUGAAAUCCUCUCAGAGUAUAAAAUUGGUGUUCUCAAUACAGAGAGUAUCAAGAAGCAAGAGAGCGCCAACACUUUAGACCCUUACUCUGCUGAGCCGACACGUCACCCUGCCCUUCAGAUCAACAGUCUGAAACCCUUCAAUGCCGAACCACCUUCGUCAAUACUCUCUGAUAACUACAUCACCCCCUCAGUCAUAUUUUUUAAGCGAAAUCAUCUUCCAGUGCCCAGGAUUGAUCCUGAAACCUACAGGUUGGAGAUCGAGGGUCUCCCUGGUGGAGUAGUAUCCCUUACACUAAGUGAGCUGAAGUCUUGUUUUCCAAAACACACAAUUACAGCAACGCUUCAGUGUGCUGGGAACCGUCGGUCUGAGAUGAACACAGUCAAGCAAGUCAAAGGACUCAAUUGGGGAAUUGCCGCAAUAAGCAAUGCUACAUGGUCAGGCGCACUCCUGCGGGAUGUACUGUUGCACUAUGGCUUUGGACCAGAGCUAGCAGCAAAGGCUCAACAUGUUCAGUUCGAAGGGUUGGACAAGGAUGUGACCGGUACAGCAUAUGGCGCAUCUAUUCCACUGAACAAAGCUGUGAGUGAAGAAGGUGACGUUCUUCUUGCAUAUGAGAUGAAUGGGCAAGACCUUCCGCCUGAUCACGGCUAUCCUGUCCGUGUGGUUGUACCUGGAAUUGUUGGAGCCCGCAAUGUCAAAUGGUUGGGGAAAAUUGUUGUGAGUGAAGAGGAGAGCAAGAGUCACUGGCAGCAGAAUGAUUACAAAGGCUUUUCUCCGGGUACCGACUGGGACACUGUGGACUUUAAAUCAGCACCAGCCAUACAGGAGCUCCCCAUACAGUCAGCAAUCACUCAUCCAGCAGAGGGAACCUCAGUAGACGCCAGUGAUGGGGAGGUGACUGUAAAAGGCUAUGCAUGGAGUGGAGGAGGAAGAGAGGUUGUCAGAGUAGACGUCUCAGUAGAUGGUGGGAAGACAUGGCAUGUAGCCAAACUUCGCACUGGGGAUAAGGGACAACAAGCUCCUCCUCCUCCACCUGGAAAAGCCUGGGCUUGGAAGCUAUGGGAGAUUGACGUCCCACUACCUCAUAGGGCUCAGGAGCUGGAGAUUAUAUGCAAAGCAGUGGACAGUAGUUACAACAUGCAGCCAGAUACUGUUGCCCCAAUCUGGAACUUACGGGGAGUGCUUAGCAAUGCAUGGCAUCGAGUAAAGGUAAAAGUGAAUGAGGAUUUGUAAGACUAAAAAUGA